AUGGCGAGUUCUCAUCCAUCAGCUCCCAAGUCAGAGUCUGGAGAAAGACAGACACCAGUAGUUAAAAAACAUGAAUCAAGUGCAUCAUCAUCAUCAUCAUCUGCUUCUGCAGUGGCUCGACAUAAAAGUGCAGAUGCACCAACACCGAAUAAACCUACAUUAUCAAAGCCUGCAGCAAAACCAACAUCAGCACAAGACAGUCCACCAUCUAAGGUUGAAAAAUUGCCAGUUGUGCCUGCAAGAAUCUCUCCACAAGCCACAAAUAACCAACCUCAAUCAUCUGAAUCAGUAUCAGUGGUAUCCAAUGACGAGAACAUAAAUACGAGCGAUAAAGAUCAAAAUGAAAUACAAGAAGUAAAAGUCAUGUCAUCAGAAGAAAAACCAAAAAUAGAUAUAUGUCCUAUUUGUUUGGAUGAUUGUACUGAACCAAAACGACUUGAUAAAUGUGGUCAUACAUUUUGUGUGGCUUGUAUUGAUCAAUAUUUUCAAACAAUUAAACCUCAAUGUCCAUGUUGCUUUACUAUCUAUGGUGAAAUUCGAGGAAAUCAGCCUGAAGAUGGUUUUAUGGUACACACUGUACUGAGACGUCGUUUACCAGGUUUUAAACACACUUCGUCCGGUACUAUUGAAAUAACAUAUCACUUUCCUAACGGUACUCAAGAUAAACGACACCCAAAUCCAGGUAUGCCAUAUCAUGGAACGACUCGUGUGGCCUAUUUACCUGACAAUAAUGAAGGUCGAAAUAUACUUAAAUUACUUGAGAAAGCUUUUCAUCUUCGUCAAAUCUUUACGGUGGGUCAAUCUCGAACAACGGGUUAUGACAAUGUUGUUACAUGGAAUGAUAUUCAUCAUAAGACAAAUUUUUAUGGUGGAAUGCAACAGUAA